AUGCAAGGACCGCCGCCAGGCUAUGCGCAGCCUCUGAGCACUGCAUCAUCGCCCUCUAUCACGCCACCACCUCAUCGUGGACCAGACUCUCGUCACGCACUCGCACAUCUCGGAGGCCCUGUGCCAGAGCCGGGUCACGCGCCAUUCACGCUCUACCCGUCAACAGCAGGCCACCCGUCAUCAACGUUUCGUGGACCAAUGACUCCACGCGGAGAAGUCGCCCGCCCGACCUCACGGUCGCAAUAUGCAUCAUGGUCCCCACAAGCACCAGGACCGCAACGUGCACCAGACUGGCAGUACGGACAGCUGCGACAUCCACCAGGCCCACAACGAUUACCAGGGCCGCAACAUGUACCUGAAUCACGCAGUAGAUCAGCGCCAUCACUCACAUCCGCGACUCCUGAUACAUCGGCGGCGCACCACCCGCCUGUCACCAACCAUCGCGCACCCGUCACGCACCCCACAGUAGCGACCGGUGACGCAUCUGUUCCCCAGCAGUCCGAGAACAAGGACGCUGGAACUGGCGAGCAAGCUGCUGACGGCGCUGACGGCGCGGGCGCUGCUAAACCUAGUACACCCAAGCAUAUCCUUGACAAAGAGAAGCAAGCCCGGGCCGCGAUCAGGAAGUUGAAGGAAAAAUUCAGUAUCGAUGGGCAGAUGGGCGAGUCUAUCACCAUGGUUCGUACCAACACUGGAGUUGAGUUCAGUGGUACGAUGUGGAAGGCGCCUGCCAACGAUACGAGCAUUCCUACAACAGAAGUGGAGAUCAAGGCAUGCGUCGAUGCUCUUGACACGGCAAUGCACAACGUCGUAAACAUCCGGGAGAAGGCCGAUGUCAAGUCAUCGAACAAUCGGUGGAACUCUAAGUCCAAGUACUAUUUCCCGGAAGAGUACAAUGCAGCUGCUGGCCUGCUUGUGAAAGAGCUUAUCAAAAUCCACACCGACGGUUGGACCAAGCAGAUCUUUGACUCGAACGAGCGUGAGCAAUGUCAGCUUACCCAGUUCUACACGUUUGAAGAUCGAUUUGAAGGUCUUCGGGAACUGCUUCACUACUCCAAGACGUCUUGUCAAGAUAUCAUGAAGGGUUCCCGCUUCUAUACCAUCAUCGCCAACCCGCGCAACCUGAUCCAUCGCACGGCGACCAACAAGACUGCCAACGUCAACAAAGGCAAUCAGAUCAAGGCAGGUAAGAAGGUGAUGAAGCAAGAAAGCAGCACAACAACUUCUCCCGGCGGCGAUGACAAAAACGACAAGGCAAAACAACAGGACAGCGAGGAGGGCUCCAACAGCGAAGAGUCCACAAAGGUCAAGAAGGCCUCGAGGGGCAAGAAGCGCGCUCGCGAAGAGACCUUCGUUGCGGAGGACCCGGCGGGCCAACCGCCUCGCAAGAAAGCGCCUGUGAAGAAGCGUAGCGGCGCAUGA